AGUAAUCGCCCUUCGCAUUUGCUCAUUUGCCGGGUCUCAUGCAUAGACAGCGCACAGUCAGUGUGAGUGCUCUACGGUCUCGUGCAGACAUGCAAUAACCAAAUACAGUGACUUGUCAUCUCAGAAGACCUCCGAAGUGUUUCGUGAGUUACAGUAUCGAGUAAAUUUGCGAAGCUUUGCAUCGAAAGUACGCGGUUUAAUCCAAUAACAAUGGCAUCGUGUGCAGCAAAUCGUAUAUUACAUGUGGCUCGUGUUGGAAAUGCUACACAAGCACUUUGGGGCGCCAGAAGUAUCUGGUCUCUUUCAAGUCUUUCUGAAACGCAUCAAAUGCUUCAGAAAACUGUGCGCGAUUUUGCCGAAGCUGAAUUGAAACCUAAUGCUGGCAAAUAUGACAAGGAAGGCGUUUUGCCAAUGGAGCAAAUUAAAAAAAUGGGAGAUUUGGGACUUCUGAGCAUUGAUACUCCAGAAGAAUAUGGCGGAUCUGGACUAGAUUCCUUAGCCUAUUCUAUAGCAAUGGAAGAAAUUGCUAGAGGUUGUGCAUCUGCUGCUGUUAUGAUGAGUGUAAACAGUUCUCUAUUUCUUGGACUCAUUAUGAAGUUUGGUAGCAAGGAGCUGAAAGAUAAAUUUGUCCGUCCCUUCACAACUGGAGAGCAAGUUGGGUGUUUUGCUUUGAGUGAACCAGGAAAUGGAAGUGAUGCUGGGGCUGCAUCUACUACAGCCAUUCCUAAAGGAGACACAUUUGUGUUAAAUGGUACAAAGGCAUGGGUCACCAAUGGUUAUGAAGCAAGGGCUGGAAUUGUAUUUGCUACCACUGAUAAAAGCAAGAAACAUAAGGGCAUUUCUGCCUUUGUAUUUCCAAAGCCAGUAGAUGGCCUCUCUCUGGGAAAAAAAGAAGAUAAGAUGGGUAUUCGAGCAUCUUCAACUUGCCAACUUAUCUUUGAAGACUGUGUUAUCCCUAAGGAAAAUAUGUUGGGAGAGCCUGGAAUGGGUUUCAAAAUAGCUAUGAUGUCACUUGAUGGUGGCCGAAUCGGAAUUGCAAGUCAAGCUCUGGGGAUUGCUCAGGCAUCUCUAGACUGUGCUGUUGAUUAUGCUACAAAGAGAAAUGCAUUUGGAUCUCCAAUAGUUAAACUUCAAGCAAUUCAGAAUAAAAUUGCUGACAUGUCUCUUAGGGUUGAGUCAGCAAGAUUGCUCACCUGGAGAGCUGCCAUGAUGAAAGACAAUAAAAUGCCCUUCACUAAGGAAGCUUCAAUGGCAAAAUUGGCCGCGUCAGAAGCAGCAACGUUCUGUGCGCACACUGCUAUUCAGGUGUUGGGCGGAAUGGGAUUCGUCACUGAUAUGCCAGCUGAACGACACUACAGAGAUGCACGCAUCACAGAAAUAUAUGAAGGAACUUCAGAAAUUCAGCGCCUUGUCAUAGCUACAAAUCUUGUAAAGGAAUAUGGAUAUUAAGUCUAAGAUUCUCCAACGUCGUAACUUUAAUACAAAUAAACGUAUAUGGGGGAAAAGUAACACAGUUUGUAAAAAAAAUAUAGUUACAUUUUCUCUAUGUUUGCUAGCAUCAUUAUGUGAUAAUUGAAAAUUAAAAAAGUAUCGAAAGACUGCAUAAAUAACUCUCAAGUAAUUUCUCAAAUAUUAACUUUGUAAAUACAUGAUUCUACUUGUAUAUGAAAGAUAUUUUUGUAUUUAUUGUAAGAGUUUAUAUUUUAAUAGGCAUUUGAUAAGAUUUUAAUAAUAUAUUUAAUACCAGUAUUGGCAAAUUGAUUUUCUUAAUGAUGGGAAAUUUUUAAUAAAAAAUUAUGUUU